AUGGUUAAGUUGAGCGUCACCCCGGCUGAUGGAGCCGACAGCAGCGUGAAGUUGAGCGUCACCCCGUCUGAUGGAGCCGGCAGCAGGGUGGUCAAGUUCAAUGUCACCCCGGCUAAUACAGCCGGCUCUCACGCUAUUUCUAGAGCGGAUGCGUCAGACGGACGCAGUGACGCAAGAAGCAGCAGUGCGUCUAGCUCUGCGCUCUCUCCCCGCGACCCAGACACUGACGCAGAGGAGGUGGGUGACGCAGACGAAAGUGAUCUUGAUCCAGGGUCGUGGAGUGACUACCUCAACACGUUGUUUGACCCCGUGUUUGACCCCAGCGUGACCUCUAACGUGUCAGCCGUGGAGGGUCAGACUGCCCACCUGGUCUGUCGGGUCAAUAACCUGGGCACCAAGACUGUGUCAUGGAUCAGACACAGGGACACACACAUCCUGACGGUUGGAUCGUUCACCUACACCAGUGAUCACAGGUUCUCUGCGCUACAUCGUAAGAAGGUACCAAUGACAUGGACGCUACAAAUACGAAACCCCACCAUCCAUGACACUGGUCUCUACGAGUGUCAAGUGUCAACUAAGCCUAUACGAGCCUACCUCAUCAGUCUACAGGUAGUAGUACCGAGAGCUCAGAUCGUGCACUCGCCAGAGCUCCACACAGCAGAGGGAGAAGCACUCAACCUUACCUGUGUUGUGAGUCCAAGUCCUGCACCUCCAGAGUACAUCUUCUGGUACCACAGAGGAGAGGUCAUUAACUACGAGAAUGAUGACAGCAUGAAGGUGACAGUUGAACAAGGUAAUGGUCGCACAGUUACCACUCUACUGGUAAGUAAAGCGGCGCUACAUCACUCUGGACGCUACCAGUGUGCACCUUCCAACACUCUCACAGCUUCAAUCCUUGUUCAUGUCUUUAAAGCCAAGGAACCAGCAGCAAUGCAGACCAGCAGUAGUACGCUAGUCCAGCAAGGACCCUCCCCCUGCCUCCUGCUGUCUGCUGCUGUUCUCCUCCGUCACCUGCUGCUGCACCUAGGCCGCCGUCGAUUCACCUAGGUGCUACUAGGUUGCCUAGAAACCUGUGUGGGCACCUAUAUACGCCUAUGUGUAGAUGUGCGUGGUAUUAGUUUAUUUGGGGACGGUUCUAUAGUAGCUCGGUAAGAUUUACAGCAGCUAGGGACAACUGUACAGCAGUUUGUGAGCUCUACAGCAACUGGGGACGACUGUACAGCGGCUAGGUGCAAUUUACAGCAGCUGGGGACGAUUGUACUGCAGCUAGGUAUGAUUUACAGCAGCUGAGGACGAUUGUACUGCAGCUAGGUAUGAUUUACAGCAGCUGGGGACGAUUGUACUGUAGCUAGGUAUGAUUUACAGCAACUGGGGACGACUGUACAGCGGCUAGGUGCGAUUUACAGCAGCUGGGGACGAUUGUACUGCAGCUAGGUAUGAUUUACAGCAGCUGGGGACGAUUGUACUGCAGCUAGGUAUGAUUUACAGCAGCUGGGGACGACUGUACAGCAGCUGGUGAAUUGUACAACAGCUAAGAACGAUUGUAUAGCAGCAGGUGAGCUGUACAACAGCUGUGGACGAUUAUACAGCAGCUGAGCUUUAACAACAGCUGGGGGCGAUUAUACAGCAGCUGAGCUUUAACAACAGCUGGGGGCGAUUAUACAGCAGCUGGCCACAGUUGUGUAGCAGCUGGUGAGCUGUACAUCGGUCAGAGACGAUUAUACAGCAGCUGAUGACGAUUGCACAGCCAUUGAGGCGACUGUACAAGAGCUGAUAACGUGCACAACAGCUGGGGACGAUUAUACAGCAGUUGUCGAAUUGGUACAGCAGCUGGGGACGAUUAUACAGCAGCUGGCGAAUUGGUACAGCAGCUGGGGACGAUUAUACAGCAGCUGGCGAAUUGGUACAGCAGCUGGGGACGAACAUACAGUAGCUGAAGUAGUACAACAGCUGGGGACGACUAUACAGGAGCUGGUGAAUUGGCACAGCAGCUGGGGACGAUUAUACAGGAGCUGGUGAAUUGGCACAGCAGCUGGGGACGAUUAUACAGGAGCUGGUGAAUUGGCACAGCAGCUGGGGACGAUUAUACAGCAGCUGGUGAAUUGGCACAGCAGCUGGGGACGAUUAUACAGGAGCUGGUGAAUUGGCACAGCAGCUGGGGACGAUUAUACAGGAGCUGGUGAAUUGGCACAGCAGCUGGGGACGAUUAUACAGGAGCUGGUGAAUUGGCACAGCAGCUGGGGACGAUUAUACAGGAGCUGGUGAAUUGG